UGUAUUACGCGACGGCUCUUCUUCUUUAAAUGGCCACCCAAUGGGAAGUCUGAGGUUUAGUUGGGAAAACAGUAAUUAUCCAGGGAAACUGGGGGUAUUAUCGGUAGUUCUGAUAGUAACGAGACCUCCGAACCUAGUGUCGUGAUCCCCCCCCCAGGCGCGUGCCAUUUCUCCCCCUUUGUGCACAUUUCCUCAGUUUGGUCUCGUGGGAAAACUCUCCAGCGAAAUCUAUUCGUUUUCUCGAAUUCUUUCCGGCGGUUAAUCGGUAGCAGAUCGGAUAAGAAUCAGACAAGGAAGAAGAAGAUGUGGCGCUGCGUUUCUCGUGGCCUUCGUGUUGCUUCUUCUUCGAGGACAUCGCUCUUCGAUGGCCACUCUGGAUCUCGGUUUUCCAGAUUCUUCUCCACUGGUUCGACCGGUGGGAGAUCCUCUUACACGAUUGUGGAUCAUACAUAUGAUGCGGUCGUGGUCGGAGCUGGUGGUGCUGGACUUAGGGCGGCGAUUGGAUUGUCGGAGCAUGGGUUUAAUACCGCUUGCAUUACCAAGCUGUUUCCAACCCGUUCACACACCGUCGCUGCUCAGGGUGGUAUAAAUGCUGCGUUGGCAAAUAUGACAGAAGAUGACUGGCGGUGGCACAUGUACGACACUGUGAAAGGAAGUGACUGGCUAGGUGACCAAGAUGCCAUCCAGUAUAUGUGCAGAGAGGCACCAAAAGCAGUUAUUGAACUUGAGAAUUAUGGGCUGCCAUUCUCUAGAACUGAAGAUGGUAAAAUUUAUCAGCGUGCAUUUGGCGGUCAGAGUCUUGACUUUGGAAAAGGUGGUCAGGCUUAUCGUUGCGCAUGUGCUGCGGAUAGGACUGGGCAUGCUCUUUUGCAUACUCUCUAUGGCCAAGCUAUGAAGCAUAACACACAGUUCUUUGUUGAAUACUUUGCUUUGGAUUUACUUAUGAACAGUGAUGGCAGUUGCCAGGGUGUAAUCGCACUGAACAUGGAAGAUGGAACAUUGCAUCGGUUCCGAGCUGCACAAACAAUUUUGGCCACUGGGGGCUAUGGUAGAACAUACUUUUCUGCAACCUCGGCACACACAUGCACAGGAGACGGCAAUGCUAUGGUUGCACGUGCUGGACUUCCCCUCCAGGAUUUGGAGUUUGUUCAAUUCCAUCCAACGGGUAUAUAUGGAGCUGGAUGUCUCAUCACUGAAGGGUCUCGAGGUGAAGGUGGUAUCCUUAGAAAUAGUGAAGGUGAACGUUUUAUGGAACGAUAUGCUCCUACAGCUAAGGAUCUUGCAUCAAGAGAUGUUGUCUCUAGAUCUAUGACGAUGGAAAUUAGGGAAGGUCGAGGUGUAGGACCUCUGAAGGAUCACAUCUAUCUUCAUUUGAAUCAUCUUCCACCGGAGGUUCUAAAAGAAAGACUUCCCGGUAUCUCUGAGACAGCUGCCAUCUUUGCUGGUGUUGAUGUUACCAAGGAACCAAUUCCAGUCUUGCCGACAGUACACUACAACAUGGGUGGUAUCCCUACGAAUCACCAUGGUGAGGUAGUAACGGUUAAAGGCAAUGAUCCAGAUGCGGUGAUUCCUGGGCUAAUGGCUGCAGGGGAGGCAGCAUGUGCAUCUGUUCAUGGGGCUAACCGGCUAGGUGCAAAUUCACUGCUUGACAUUGUUGUCUUUGGCCGCGCGUGUGCUAAUAGGGUUGCAGAAAUAUGCAAGCCAGGUGGGAAACAGAGACCACUGGAGAAAGACGCGGGAGAGAAAACUAUUGAAUGGUUGGACAAAAUAAGGAACUCGAACGGCUCGCUUCCUACUUCGCAGAUCCGGCUGAACAUGCAAAGAGUAAUGCAGAACAAUGCUGCUGUCUUCCGUACCCAAGAGACACUGGAAGAAGGUUGUGACUUGAUCGACCGUGCCUGGGAUAGCUACGGUGAUGUAAAGGUCAAGGAUCGGAGUUUGAUAUGGAACUCUGAUUUGAUAGAGACAGUAGAGUUGGAAAACCUUCUGAUAAAUGCGUGCAUCACCAUGCAUUCCGCUGAAGCACGAAAAGAAAGCAGAGGAGCCCAUGCUCGCGAAGAUUUCACGAAAAGAGAUGAUGAGAACUGGAUGAAGCAUACAUUGGGAUACUGGGAAGAAGGGAAGGUGCGGCUGGAGUACAGGCCGGUUCACAUGAACACUCUUGACGACGAAGUCGAGACCUUCCCUCCCAAGGCUCGGGUCUACUGAUAUGAUGCUGCUCCUUGUCGCCAUCACUCCCUUCUCCAAUAAUAUUUCGUGAGGAACCAUACAAGUUUUCUUCUUCUUCUUCUUCUUUUUCCUAUUCGGGAAUAAUAAAAGGAAACACGGCCAUUGUGUUGUUUAUGUGACAUUUUGAUGGUAAUUGCCAUCACUUAUGCCUCUACUC